AUGUCGCCACGAUCCUUCCUGACCACAGCCUCUACGCUGUUGGUUUCAUUCAUCGCAACACCCAUUGCCGCCCAGCUUCACACUGAUUGCAAUCCAACAUUGAAGACUUGCCCUGCUGACCCAGCCCUGGGUACUGCUCAUACUUUCAACUUCAACUCGACACCUACAGCCGGUCUAUGGAACGAAUCAGCUGGUUCCGUUACCUAUGAUGCCACCGCCGGUGCUGGCUUCACCAUUUCCGAGAAAGGAUACUCGCCUACCCUUACCUCGAACUUCUACUUCUUCUGGGGCAGGACUGAAGUCAUCAUGAAGACUGCCAAUGGUACAGGCAUCAUCAGCUCCAUCGUAUAUGGUAGCGACGAUCUCGAUGAGGUGGAUUGGGAGAUUCGUGGAGUCGACACCGGAAGUGUACAAUCGAACUACUAUAGCAAGGGUAACACCAACUCUUCUGUUGGUGCCACACACUCCGUCACCGGAAAUACGCAAACCGAAUACCACAACUACACCAAUGUCUGGACUGAGGAGAAGCUUGAGUGGUGGUACGACGGCACGCUCCUCCGCACUCUCACGCCCGCCAUGGCCAACAAUAGUUUGUACUACCCGCAGACACCCAUGAAGCUCAUUGUCGGAAUCUGGGCCGGUGGUGACAGCAGCCAGAGCGCAGGAACCAUUGAGUGGGCUGGUGGCGAAACGGACUACGACGCAGGUCCGUACAGCAUGUAUGUGAAGAGUGCGCGUGUCGAGGAUUAUUCGAGCGGUACGGAAUAUAUUUAUGGCGACAAGACCGGCAAUUCCACAAGCAUUCAGAUCAAGAACGCCGGAAGCAAUUCGACUGCAGUCAACACGAUCAACAACCCUACCACGGCCGCCGCCGACGACGACAGCUCCAUGAGCGAGAAGUGGGACGGUCUUUCUUCCGGCGCCAAGAUCGGAAUCGGCGCCGGUGUCGCUGGUCUCGCAGCCCUCGCAUUUGUCUCCUGGCUCGUCUACUACAUCAAACAGCGAAAGCGAGGCCAGCAGGAUGCCGCGCUCGCCGCCAAGGCCCUGGAGCAGGAGCGCUUGGAACUCGAGCAGUUCAAGAAGGAGGGGAGAGACCCCGAUGCCUUGGCCUAUGAAGGUGCGGAAUACAAUGCCUCAGCUAUGAAUAAGGCCGGUAUGGUCUCUACCACGGCAUACACCGUUCCCGGCGGCGAUUCUCGAAGCAACUCGCUAUCCAGCGUGCACAAUGCGGUCCCCCCCACGACCUCCGGCUGGGACCCUACGAGCAACGGCGGCACCUAUAGCCCUAUGUCACCGACAGGUCCAGGGGGCAUGAACAGAAUGGGAAGUCCGGCGCCGAGUCAUUCGGGUGGCUACACUGGUGCCAACAACGGAUAUUUCAACGGUAACGGUGGAUAUAGGUGA